CGGCGCCUGGCACUACGACUUCAGUAUCAAGAGAGCAAGAUUCGACCAUUUGCAGGGCCAGAUAGACAAUUUUUGCCACGGUCGCGGUCUAGAGUUGAAGGACUCGCGCGGCGACUGCCAUCUUCUGUUCAACACCACGGACAUGUACGUGCACUACCCCCGGGAAGAGAAGUGUUGCCGUGCCUGUGGGGUCGCCGAGGGGUGCACCGUACUGAAGCCGACUUGGAUGGCGGGGGCUACGUACCUCGGGACCGAAAACAUCAACGGAACGGUGUGCCAUGGCUGGGAGGCGGACGGGGCCGCCGCAAGGGACAGGUGGUACCAAGCAGAAGACGGCAUCCCCUGUCGGUACUCGGAGACGAUCAAAUUCUGGCCGCACUCAAGUCACAACAUCACCUUCAACAUGAGGUCCUACAGCCGCAACCCCAUCCCGAAUAGCGUCUUCAACAUACCCACAUACUGCCACACAAGAUGUCCAUUUCCCUGGCGGCAUUUUCCCAUAGAAUAGAAGGGAAACACUAUAGCACUUAGAGACUUGAAAUGGUUUCAUUUCUGUCCGGAUAAAUUUCUCUGGUUAACAACGUUUUCCACACGUAACCAAUGCACGUAUGUCACCUGCCGACGUUUCGGUGGUUCAGCUGCCACUUUACCAGAAUACUAGUAACACGGACUUGUUGUACUUCGCACUGUAGCUAGGUGGCGCUGUAAGUGAGAGGGAUGCGAUCCCAAACGUGACUGAGCUUGGGGAUAAAGAAGACCUAUGGGUAAUAACGCAAAGAGGAGCGGGGGCAAUAUCAUUACCAUGGCAACUUAGACCGGAUAUAAUACGCAUGCGCUGCUUAUACGUAUCAUUGUAAUGAUGUUGUUUCUGGUUUGCUCCCUUGCAUUGAUUAUACCCAUAGUUCCCCGUUUGUCCCAUCAUACCGUGUCAAAUUUCUAUAACAAUAUCAGCAUCCACAGAGAGUGUGACCUUUAUCGAAGGCACUUCAAAUUAUCGCCCCCCC